CUUGGUUGACCAACUUAAACUUUAAACUCUAAUCUAAAACACGAAUCGGCAAUCGGAACAAUCGGCUCUGCUCUCAUCGAUAGUUUGAUACGGGCUUUAGGAAUAAAAGGACAAAGCCUAAACUAGAGAAUUGUGGCAUACUUGCGAUGGGAGGAGUUCUGUUCUUCAUCUUUUAAAAUGAAUCUAAAAAGAAUCGCCGUCUUUAUUUGCGUGGAAGAUAUGAAUUUUUUUAAGAACCGAGAAAAAGAUUUGACUAUCGAUCGUGAUACGGGCGAGCGACAGCGCGCGCAACCUGGACACUCGCAACCCUUGCACUCGCAACCCUUGCACUUGUCAGUGUGAUGCAUAGGGAGGCACGACGAUGCUGGAAGGGAUGCGGCGGGUGAUUCCUCUGGUUAUCGUCGCGGUUCUUCAACACGCGUGUAGCGACAGCGCGAUUAGAACGAACGAAAAGAGGCACGGCAGCACGAACGAUUAUCAGAUGUGCCUCGAGAGCUUCGACAUCCACAAGGACAAGAUCAUCAGGACCCAGGACUCCCGUGACAUGGGUGCUAAAUACUUGAACGUGUUGGACGUCGACUCGAGGUUGGAUUGCCUCAAGUACUGCUGCGAGACUGAGCGGUGCGAUGUAUUCAUCUUCGAGGAGAAGAAGCCGAGCAGCUGUUAUCUUUUCCAGUGUGGUCCGCUGCACGAUUUCAAGUGCAAGUUCACGAGGCAUGCUAAUUAUACUAGUGCAGUACGCACCAGUUACCCCAUACAGAAUGUACAGGUGGAAGAAGAGGUCAGGAUAUCUCAGCAAGAACAUGAGUUGAAAUCUCUUAGAAAAAGUAAUGAGAUUACGCCAGAUUAUGGAUUCACUGAGACUCCUGCAAAAUCUAUAGUCACGCAAAUAUCAAAAGUAAUAUUAACUACACCGAUGCCAAUUAAACCAGGUUGCCAUAGAAAUCAGUACGAAUGUCGUUCAUCUGGAGACUGUAUAGCUAUAUACAAUGUUUGCGAUGGCAUACCACAGUGCGCAGAUGGUUCAGAUGAAGCGGCAGAUCUCGUAUGCCCUACAGAGAAACCAACAAUUCCCCCACUAAUCCAAAUACCAAAUCCGCCCGCUGAUAUUCUUCAGUAUCAGCAAAUAGUCAAUCAGCAUAAACCUGUUCCGCCAUAUUAUCCUGCCGUACCAGAAAUUAAUCCUAAAACUUGGGACAUAUCAAAUCUAGCUCAUCAAAUGUCACAGCCGCAAAACGUUCUAUAUCCUGGCCAAUCAGUGGAAGUGCCGCAGAUGCAGAUACAUAAGAAUUAUGGAUCAUCAGGAUACCAAUGGGAUUACCAACCUCUGUAUGAACAAAAUAAGGAUCCAUUUGUUCCUGCUAAUACUAUUCGCGAACAAAAUAUAAAUCCCUACGAACAACAACCACAUAUAUUUAACCACAAAGGUCCGAGCGUUAUAGGAAACAAUGAAGUAGAUAGAGGACUAUAUGUGGAUUCUAAGCAUCCGUAUCCAGCACAUUUUCCAUUGUUAAAUAAACCAAGUUGGCAAGAAAAUCCCGUGCAAUUUGCACCAUCUGUCGCACCCAGUUUUCAACAUAAACAGGCUACAGAUAACGCAGAAAGUCUUGCAAAAAUUACGACGACGCCCGCUUGUGAUACCUCGGAAGAACAUAAAAAUGAAUUGAUAAACGAGAAUAAAGAAUCAGUAAAACAAGAAGAAAAAACAAAUAUACAUCCAGUAUUGACACAUGUAAAAACAAAUAAACAAAUCACUGAAAAACCAACUCUACCGGCAAAUGUGAUUACCAAGCAUAAUCGAGCAAAAGAAUCGAAGGACUAUAAAACUGUAAUUGUAAUCGAAGAGCACGCAAAAGCACACGAGAGAACUGAUGUUAUCGCAGAACGUCUUCAAAUAAUUGAAAAUGAUGUUUUAAGACCCAAAGGUGCCGUGAUAUCAUUAUCGUUAGGACUUAUAGCGACCACAAUCACGGCUGCUUUAAUUGUUUGCCGAUUGCGAGUAGUAAAACGGCGUGGAAGAUGUGGACAUGGACCUUUUGCCCACGAUGCCGAUUAUCUGGUUAAUGGAAUGUAUUUAUAAAAUGUGACGGAGUUGCUUUAUAUUCAGAUUUAAUCGCAAUCUAGUCAUUUAAAUGUAUUCAUCGUAUUUUCAUACCAUGUUGUAUUUCCAUGAUUAAAUUAUUAAAAUGUCUAAAUAGAAUUAUAUCAUUGUCUAAAGAUAAAACUUUGUUAUGCUGUGCUUAUUCACGUAUAAAAUUGUAAGUUUUUUGCGAUAAUAGCAUUUUGAUAUAGAAGUGCAAGAAUAAUCAAUAAAUUAAUGAAUUAUUGUUA